CAGCUGUAUGGAGGACUUUUGAUCCAUGCUUCUACACGCUUUAAUGGAGGUUUAUUCGACAAAGGACAUCGGAAAUUAUGGCUUCAAAAGGAAAUCGCUGCUGUCUCGCUGAUAUGAAUCUCUGUUCAAAUCUGACCUCAGAGCAGCGUGGGAAAUUAAAGAAAUGACUCUGGAGACGUGGUUGUGAUGUGCAGGAUAAAAAGGCAGAAGCAGCAGAGGAGUCUGAACACAGCGGCUGAUCCAGGGACAGGUCCCGGAGGAGGCACGUCCAGAGAGUUAUUUCAGUAUAUUCGACAAUCUUCAUCAUCAUCACCAUCAUCAUGACCCCCAUGAAGGUCCUCAGCGUGGCUCUGGUUCUGGGCUCCUUCCUGACCCUGAGCCGAGCUGCCCCGGUGAACUCCACGGGCCUCAUGAGGAGCUCGGGCCUCUGCGCGUACGAGAGGGCGCACAGCCCCCACAACAUCGGCGCCUUCGUCCCCCAGUGCGACCACAACGGGAACUUCCUCCCGCAGCAGUGCUGGGCGUCCACCGGGUACUGCUGGUGCGUCAACGUCAUCACCGGGGAGGAGAUCCCCAACACCAAGACUCCGCCGGGGACCAUGCCCGUUAGCUGUGGCAGUGAGUUCUACUGCCCGAACAGCUGGACCCUCUUCGGAGAGCAGUGUUUCAUCUUCAUCAACAGCAUGAAGUCUUGGGCCGAGGCCGAGGGUUACUGUCUGUUUGAAGGGGCCAACCUGGCGUCGGUCCACAGCCCCAUGGAGAACCACUUCAUCCAGGCUUUGACCAGAGGAGACACCUACGACUUCCCCCAGACCUGGAUCGGAGGCUACGAUGCCAUAUAUCUUCUCCCUCCAGAAAGUCUGCUCUGAUUGGUCAGCUAGCAUGCUCUGAUGUGAUUGGUCGACGCUUCACAUUUCAAAAAACUCUUCCUCCAGAGCUUCAGCUCCGUCUCUCUGUUUCGUUGUUUGAGGUUCAAACUAGCCGGAAGGAGUUUUAUGUCACUUCUGUAACAUUGUGACCUCAUAAAGUUACAUUGUGACCUCACAAAGUUACGAAGGUGAAGGAGAGAAUUCAAUGGAGCCGUUUCAGGAGCUCAGGAGCUUCUUAGGGGGAGGGUAACUCCUUUAAGGCGUGGACUUCAGGUUUUACACUCUACAGACCUUUGACAUGUACAAAAAUAUAUAUAACACACUAAAGAAGAGGGAAAUUUGGUCCAAUAACGAAACCAAUGAGGACACCCUUUAAAUGUAAAUUUAAAAAGAAUUGCUAUGUAUUUACUGUAUUUAUAUAUAUAUAUAUAUAUAUGUUUGUUUGUGUCCGUGUAUCCACAGCUGAAUGCUUGGAUGUGGAGUGACGGCUCCAAGUUUGACUAUGAAAACUGGGACAUGGACUACGAGCCCAUGCCAAAUGAACG